AUGGCUGCUCCACCGCCCCAGGGCAAAAUCCACCUUAAAACAAGCUUUAAAUCGACGCAGACGAUCGAGUCUAUCUACACUGGAGGCAAGGUCUGCAUAUCUCAGGAUGAACAGUUCCUUAUCACAACCGUUGGCGAGGAUAUUGACGUUAUUGAGAUCAAGACCGGAAAGAAGCUUUGGAGACUCAAGGGUGACACAGAGAUCAUCACUAUGUUUGCAGUCACCCCCGAUGGCCAUACCCUCGUCAGCGCCAGCAGGAGUCUUUUGCUCAAGACCUGGGAUCUUCGCACAGGAACACUCGUCAGAAGUCUGAAGGCCCACGACGCACCUAUUAUUGUCAUGGACAUUGACAGGUCCUCUUCAUUGGUCGCCACAGGAUCUGCUGACGGCACAGUCAAGGUCUGGGAUAUCGCAGGAGGAUUCUGUACACACAACUUCAAGGGACACGGUGGUGUUAUUUCAGCCGUCCUCUUCCACCCAGAUCAGUCCAAGACGUGGCUGUACUCGGGAGCUGACGACUGCACUGUCCGUGUCUGGGACCUUAAGACCAGAAAGGCUCUUGCCGUGUUGGAAUCUCACGUUUCUGUUAUUCGAGGAUUGGCUGUCACCCACUCUGGCAACACUCUCAUCAGUGGUUCUCGUGAUAAGGUCGUCAACGUCUGGGAUCUGACCACCUUGAAGCUCGCCACCACCUAUCCUAUCUAUGAGACUCUGGAGACUGUCGGUAUUCUGCAGAAGGGCAAGAUCCAGCGCAUUGGCGACAAGGACGUCUCGGACAAGGAUAUGUUCUAUACCGCUGGUGAUGCUGGUGUUAUCAGGAUCUGGGAUCUUAGGUCGGGAGAGUUGAUCGCCAAGCAGAAGGAGGAGCAAGGAAGCAAAUCAGGCAUCUCUGACGUCUUGUACAACACAACAUCGCAGCAAUUGGUAUCGAUCACGAGCGACCAGAACAUUUUGUUCUUUGACGUGGAGAAUGACUUGAAGCGCGUGAAGCAGAUUGUUGGAUACAACGACGAGAUUAUCGAUGUGGCGUACAUUGGCGAGGAGGAGACUCAUUUGGCCGUUGCUGCGAACAGUGAACAGAUCCGCGUUUUCAACUUGAAAGAGUUUGAGUGUGACCUUAUCUAUGGACAUACCGACAUUGUCAUCUGCCUGGACAGGAAUACAGAUGGCACCCUCUUGGCUUCUGGAUCCAAGGAUAACACAGCCAAGGUCUGGGCGUUGGAUUUAGAGAACGAGGAUGCAGAUGAGAGAUACAAGUGCAUAGGAUCGUGUGUUGGUCAUGCAGAGGCUAUUGGAGCUGUUGCUUUGACGAAAAAGACCGAUGGUCUUUUGUUGACCGGAUCUCAGGACAGAACCAUCAAAUGCUGGGACCUCAGCACAGCUGAUUUGGAUGAGCCAGAUGAGAACCUUCGCUUCAAGUCACAUUACACAAUCCAGGCACACGAGAAGGACAUCAACACCAUUGACAUUGCACCCAACGACAAGGUUUUCGCGACUGGAUCUCAGGACAAGCUGGCCAAGAUCUGGAACCUUCAAGAGGGUACUCUGAUUGGAACCUGCAAGGGUCACAAGCGUGGUGUCUGGUCUGUCAAGUUCUCGCCCGUCGAUCAGUGCUUGGCUACCAGUUCAGGAGACAGGACGAUCAAGAUUUGGUCAUUGAAUGAUUUCAGCUGUCUCAGGACGUUUGAGGGCCACACCAACUCGAUUCUCAAGGUCCACUUUAUGACCUCGGGUCUUCAGUUGGUCUCUUGCGGUUCGGACGGCUUGGUCAAGCUCUGGACGAUCCGUAACAACGAGUGUGUCACGACCCUGGAUAACCAUACCGAGAAGAUUUGGGCCUUGGCUGUUCGCAAGGAUGAAAACAUGGUCGUGACAGGAGGCGCUGAUUCGAUGAUCAACAUGUGGGAGGAUUUCACCGAGAUUGAGUAUGCCGAGAAGAAGGCGGCCAAGGCCGAUCAGGUCCUCAAGGAGCAGGAGCUGUCGAACUACUUGGCGCGCAAGGACUGGAAGAACGCUAUCACAUUGGCCCUGUCAUUGGAGCAGCCCUUCAGGUUACUCCAGCUCUUCAACCAGAUCCAGCAAGACCGUCCUGAACACGAUACCUCGGUCACUGGUCUCGAGGCUGUUGACAAGGUCCUUCUGGGUCUCUCGCCCGAUCAGAUCGCCAAGCUGUUGGGCUAUGUCCGCGACUGGAACACCCAUGCCAAGAACAUGCGCGCCGCCCAAACUGUCCUUAACGCCAUUCUCAGACAACGCAAGGUGCAAGAGAUGAUUGAGAUUCCUGGCAUCAAGGAUCUGUUGGAUGGUCUCUUGCCCUAUAGCGACCGUCACUUCCAGAGGGUUGAGGCUUUGACUGUCCGGAGCUAUGUCGUCGAUUACACUGUUCAGGCUAUGGAUCUGAUGAGUCUUGUGGGCGGCAUGGAUGAGAUGGAGAUGGAUGAUGAGGAAGGUGAGGAGAGUGAGGAUAAGAGUUUGCGGGCACAGAGGAAAGCAGAGGAGGAGAACAUGGCCAAGGAGAGGCAUGAGGCCCUUGCUGCUGCUCGUGCCGCCACAGCUCAUACCUCAACUGCUCAACAGCCUGCUGCUGCUACUGUUGCAGAAGCUGCCGAGGAUGCUGAGGAGGAGGAUGAUAGUGAAGACGACGACGACGAUGAGGAGGAUGAUGACAAAGAUAGCGACGAGGAGAACGAAGAAGAUAGCGACGAGGACAUGGAGUAG